GGGGUUGAAAUGUCUUUUUCUAGAAAAAUAAACAUGUUAUAUAAUAUAAAUAAAUUUACUUAAAUUUAUUUUCUGUUAGACAAAGACAAGGUAAGCUUUUUGUUGCUAAUAUUAAUCUUCAGUAGUCUCUGUACAUAUAAAAUCUCCUUCUACUGCAUGCUUUAUUCCCCAGCAAGUUAAGAAGUUGCUCUCUCUCUCUCUCUCUCUCUCUCUCUCUCCAGUAUUUGCUCUCCCAACAAUGGAAAAGCUUUCUGUAAUACUUUCCGUCUCUCUUCUCCUUUUUGUACCACUUUUUCAUGGAGGAACUGCAAAAACAGCGGCUGCUGCAGGAACCAUAGAUGGAUCAGAGGAGUGGGGCUAUGUUGAAGUCAGACCCAAAGCCCACAUGUUCUGGUGGCUCUAUAGAAGUCCCAACAGAGUUGAGGAUCCCUCCAAGCCAUGGCCAACCAUUCUCUGGCUUCAGGGUGGACCUGGAGGUUCAGGAGUGGGGAUGGGGAAUUUUCAAGAGAUUGGACCAUUGGACACAAAUUUGAACCCAAGAAACUCAACCUGGUUGCAAAAAGCUGAUCUUUUAUUUGUUGACAACCCUGUUGGGACUGGAUACAGUUUUGUGGAAGACACAUCUCUGUUUGUGAAAAAUGAUUUGGAGGCAGCUGCUGAUUUGACAACAUUGCUGGUGGAGCUUUUCAACAGAAAUGAGAGCCUCCAAAAGAGUCCUCUGUUCAUUGUGGCAGAGUCCUAUGGAGGCAAAUUUGCAGUCACUCUUGGACUUUCAGCUCUUAAAGCCAUUCAACAAGGAAAGCUAAAACUUAGACUUGGAGGAGUGGCAUUGGGAGACAGUUGGAUCUCUCCGGAAGAUUUUGUGCUUUCUUGGGGUCCUCUGCUCAAAGACGUGUCAAGGCUUGACGACAAUGGAUUACAGGAAUCAAAUAAUGUGGCUCAAAGAAUUAAGCAACAGAUUCGGGAUGGUCAAUUAGUGGACGCAACCAAUUCAUGGAGGGAGCUUGAGCAAGGCAUCAUGUCUAGCAGCAAUGCUGUGGAUUUCUAUAAUUUUCUGUUGGAUUCAGGAAUGGAUCCAGUUUCAUCCUUGGCAUCAAAUCGCUAUAACCAAGGAAUCGAAAAAUAUUCAAUAUACCUAAGUUCUUUAAGGUCUUCAGCAGGUGGCGGUAAAGGUCAUCUUGGUUCUUUGUUAAAUGGUGUCAUUAAAAAGAAGCUUGAGAUAAUCCCAGAUAAUGUGACAUGGGGAGGGCAGUCUGAUAAGGUCUUCCCAGCCAUGGCAGGCGAAUUUAUGAACCCAAGGAUUAAUGAGGUUGAUGAACUCCUUGCUAAAGGGGUCAAUGUCACAAUAUACAAUGGGCAAGUUGAUCUCAUAUGUGCAACCAAGGGGACUGAAGCAUGGGUUGAAAAGCUCAAGUGGGAAGGACUCCCACAUUUCUUGAACAAGAGUAGAACCCCUCUUUAUUGUGGCCAAGAGGAAAUUACAAGAGGGUUCACCAGGUCCUACAAAAACCUGCACUUUUAUUGGAUUCUUGGAGCAGGACAUUUUGUACCUGUGGAUCAGCCAUGCAUUGCAUUGAAUAUGGUGGCCGACAUCACGCAAUCACCUGCUGCUGCUGCUUCUACGUAGAAAACAAAACACAUAAUAAUAUCAAUGGCAGACAGACACUGUGUACAAGAAAAGACAGACUGCAGGCACACUACUACAGUAAGUAAGCAAACAAAAGAAAAAUGAUUGAUGGGGAGAGGACUCUGAGUACAAAGAGGAGUCAACAAGCAAACCCAUAACCACGUGGGACACAAACAUGCAAUGAGGGGAAAAGCUGCAGACUCUGCAGGGUAGAUGGUUUUACUUUUCGUAGGAGGCUGCAGCAAUUUUUAUUUUUAAUUUUCAUUCUUCAAUCUUCAAUUGGUAUAUGGUCGAACAUUUCUCUUAUUAGUUCGGUGUUUUUUUUUUUUUCUUUUUUUUUUAACUAGGAAUAGUUGUUUGAUUACAAACGGAAGUGUCCAUUUUUUUUAUGCGACGAUUUUGUUUUAUUGUUUUUAUCAAAAUAUACGACGGUUUUUUAUUUAUCUAAUUUAUAAUAAGAAAGUUAACUUGAAUGAAAGAAUCAUAUAACAAGCAAUCGUUUUUAGACAAACUUAUGCAUAAGUAUUUAUUUGGUUAUUAAUUGUAUCCAACUGUAAUAAUGUUGGGGUUUUAAUUGAAUCUAGUUAAACUGUCGCGACAAACUAUUUGCUCCCGAUUUUUACUUUGCCUCUCAUUGCACAAGGAGGGAGAGAGAGGGUGUGCAAGCAUGUUAGUGCAAGUGUGUGUUGCACUUUUCUUAAUUUUGAAACCAAAUGAUUAUGCUAUGAGUA